CUUGUACAGUAUAUCAGACGUCUUACUGAGCGAGGGCUCCCUCCUACACGCCAAAUGAUACAGAACUUCGGCUCCUGUAUCGCCAAAAAGGACGUCUCAAUAGCUUCGGUUGAUCGAUUUGUCAAGCGCCACCAAGAGGACUUGAUCACGAGCUGGAGUACAGGACUUGAUAGGAAUCGCCACAAAGCUGAUUCAGAGGCUAAAUGCAAGCUGUAUUUCAAGCUUCUGCAUGAGAGAAUCGAGAAGUAUGGUGUAGAACCCCAGCAUAUCUACAAUAUGGAUGAGAAAGGCUUCCUCCUUGGGAUCACCGGGCGUUCAAAAAGGGUGUUCAACAGGCCUCUAUACAUGAGUCGCCAAGUACGGCAGGCCCUACAAGACGGUUCUCGCGAGUGGAUAUCAACUAUAGCUUGUAUUUGCGCCGACGGCUCUUACGUGGAUCCCUCCCUUGUGUACAGAUCCGACGCUGAGGCUCUACAAUCAAGCUGGGUUGAAAAAAUCAGCAACUCUCACAGAGCUUUCGUCAACUCAUCAACUUCUGGCUGGUCAAACAACCAGAUAGGCCUUGCAUGGCUCAAACAGGUGUUUGAUAGGUGUACCAAGCCAGAAUCAGGGCGUUUCCAGCGACUACUAAUUGUUGACGGCCACGGAUCUCACCUUACAAUGGAUUUUAUCAACUACUGUGACUCUAAUAGGAUCCUCCUCGCGAUAUUUCCCCCUCAUGCGACCCAUACGUUGCCGCCUCUCGACGUCUGCGUGUUCAAGUCUCUAUCAGCUGCCUAUUCAAAUAAACUCACAGAGCACCUCAACAACAGCCAAGGACUAUCAACUGUGGCGAAGAGAGACUUUUUUAGCCUAUUAUGGAACUCCUGGAUUACUACUGCUACGCCGCAAUUGAUCAAGUGA